AUGGCCGACGCAGACUGGAAACUCCGGGUCGGAAUAGACAUUGAUUUCAGCACCGACGAAGAUGAGGAUAGUGAUAGUGCUGAAACAAUCUGCAGCAACACUGACGGUGCCACACGACAGUUCCGCAGCGAGGAAUUUACCGAUUCUACCGAGUCACAGGAGCUGGAGGAAGCGUUACACGCGUCGUCCAUCGACGAAGUGCUGAAUCAGUGGGCCGAUCAGUAUGGGAGUACUCCCCCACGGACUCGCAUAAAGAACAAAAACCGAAGCAGCAAGCAAAGAAUGGAAGGAACGGUGAAGAUGCGUACAGGAGGCCGAUUGGCCAGACCGCGCACAGAUCGACGGAACACCGUUGAUUGUGCACUAUUGAAUCAAAUGAUUAUGGAACCUGCCAACAGUGAUGAGAAAGUUCGUAGCGAUAAACGUACCACACAGCUUCUACGCGAAUCCGAACGGGACAUUAAAAUGUCGGCUACUGUGACCGCGCUGCCAAUGCGCUCAUCUGCCAACUAUGGCUCUCAGAUGCCACCGGCAACAGCUGUAUCAGAAGAGCGCGCCGAAAGUCUACCCCUUACGAUGCCGGCCAGUCUCGCAGCUACGACUACUGCAAAUGGAACAGCCGUGGCACCACCGACCCUGAUUGAGUCGUGCAAUCGGUUCAUGAGCGUAACAUCUCGUCCGGUCGGGUGUCGCAUAUCCGCACCACCAGUAGCGUAUCGUGAUAUCAUCUUUACUAACCAAUCGGUCAUGUUCGAGGGGGCUGGAACACGUACAUCGGAGAAUGUGAUUCCUCAAAACAGAAUAAAUUUUCAUGCCACCUUUUCCGAUUUGAUUAAGCUGGGCAGUGUGGAUAAGGAGCGGGCCGCCCGAUCGGGCAUUCUAUCCAAUGAGGAGCGACUCUGGCAGACGCAUGUUAACGAUCUGAUUUGGCUUGAGCUGCAAGCAUGGCACGCGGAUCGUUCGAUCGAGCAACAGGAUCGUUUGCUGUGUCAGGCCCGCCAGGAGAUCGGUGAUCUGUUGGAUGAGAUUAUGUGCUUUCGAUUUCAGCGCAAGCCAUCCUCCGUGCGACGCGCGGGUAGCGAAGUUAGCACUACAACAGACAGUGGUAUCGAGACGGCCACAACGAGCGGCAUCGACGAAGGAAAUCGAUUUUGCUUCGGAUGUCUUUCGAUGUACUGCAAGGACUGCCUAGAGGUGCAAACGGCUGCGAUGAAGCAGGUUGAAGAAUUGCUGUUACGUCUCGAAUCGAAAGAGUGCCUGUUUCCGUCGUCCCGAGCGAUGGGAAGUGCGUUUCCUGUGUACCAGAGCGAAGCAUUCGUAAAUCGCGUUAAAGCUAUGUGUCUGUGGUACAACAUGACUCGCCAACAUCGUAUGACGUUGCUGAUAUUGGGGAAAUUGCUAGCUAGGUUGCAGGGACCAUCUAAGAAAGAAUCGUCCAUCCAGUGGCCAAUAAUGGAUCAGCAUACAGAGGGUUCUUCUUCUUCGUCCGUGCAGGAUGAAAGUGGAAGCAGUGCAGACAGUGGUGCGCAUUUCACCGGAAACGGUGGGUCAUCGACGUCCGCUGGAUCCUCUGCUGGUUCCGGCACAAGCAGCAAUUGCUCGAAAAGGGUACAGUUUGCUGACAAUGGAUGCUGUGCUGGCGAUGGCAGUGCAUCCGAGAGUGUCAACAGUGAUGAAACUGAUUUCUCCGAUUUGUCGCUUAAGAGAGAACGAUCUUUUCCGGGAGACACAGAGUACGGCCGGUAUAUGAAUAAUUUAAACUACUACAACGAACAUACCCUAACCGAACUGUCGGCUCAGUCAGCGUCAAGCAUGGGAAAUGCUUUAUAUCGAAAAUACAUCGAAAAUGUAUUGAAGUGUCGUGGUUUGGGAAAAUCUCUAACGUUCCUACAUCGUUUACACAAUGUGGUAUUGCGGAAGGCACAGUUAACACUGGAAAAACCAGGACGACAGAAAGAAGAUGACUUUCUGUUCGAUGAGGAAGAUGUACCGUGUAUCGAACCUCCACUCGAACGUGAGCAAGAAAUCGAACUGCGACGGUACGGAGCCUGGAGCGAGGAAGCGAAACAACUGAACCUACCGUCGUACGUGUCUGCCUUUCUGUUCCUUUCGUUAAUCCCACUAGAAGUGAUACACGAGUUUCUCAAGAUGCGCCUAGAAACGCGCCCAAAACAGCCAAAUCCACUCAGCCUAGAGCAACACAUUAAGGAGUUGAAAGAGGGCCUAACGCUGGCUAUGAUACAUCGAGAACGCUUCCAGAAGCAUGUCAAUACGGUAUUAUCGGACCGCGAGCAGGAACUAGACAAGUACAUGCAUCAGAUGGAGCUGUUCGACGAUACGGUACGGAAUAUUUUCGAGCUAUACCUGGAGCUGUGUGAGCAGUGGAUACUGGACACUGUUCCAGAAGGACACCAGAAAGCCGCACUUGACGAAGAGUGGCGUUUUACGAAGCUCAUCAGUCCAAUGAUACCACGGCAGCAUGGACCAGCAGCGAAACGGUUUUGCAGUAUCGUUGAGCGUGUGUUGGAACGAACUGGAAGCGAGAUGAUGCAACAGCUAAAGGAACUGAUGGAAAAAAGUCAACUGAUUGAUACGACAGCAGACAAAAAGUGGCAGUUUUUUGCUUUGUGUCGUGAAACGCAGCGCAUGUUCACAUCGUCCCGGGAGAAAGCGCUGAAAACAAUGGCAUUUGCGAAAACGCUGUUCCGCGACCUGGAGCACGUAGACUUCCAUCGUGAUCAUUGCGAAGAGGAUUCUGAGAACGAAAUGUUGAACGAUGCAGAUGAUCUGGAGUUGGUAGGUGUAGUGUUAAGAAGUGGCAGCAUGCGGCGUAGAUGUCCUGCAAUCAAUAAUGAUAACAAGAGCAGUCCCGUUUGCUCGGAAGUCGCGGAAAGUCUGCAAAUGUUGAAGCGAAACGCCUUACUUCUGCGCAAUAAGCUAGCGGCCGUGAUAGAAGAAUUACAAUUAUUAUGUUCCGAUGAAACGUUGGAGGAUUUUGACGAAACGGAUCGCAUCGGUGCGCUGACACGUGUGCGAGAGAUAUUGCAUCAGGGUUAUAAGUUUGGGUUCGAGUAUCAUAAGGAUGUGGCUCGAUUGUACGAGACAAAAUUGAACAACUGUCGAGACGCAGAGUCCGAACUGAUGCUGGCCAAAGCGAUUAUUCAGUUUGCGAAGCUGUGGAUGAAUUUCGUAAUGGAGCGAUGUGAGCGGGGUCGUGGUUUGCGACCCCGUUGGGCGAACCAAGGAUUAGAGUUUCUGAUUGCAGCUUGUGAUCCUCUGUGUACGAGUCAUUUAACAGAUACGGAGUUUGAGGAUUUGAAGCUGAAAAUGGAUGCUUGUAUUUCCCACGUAAUUGGAAACAUCCGCGAACCGGAACGUAUUCGAAAGUCCCCCCGGUCACGUAAAUCAUCGCCAUCUCCAUCUGCGGCAGCAGUUGUUGCUGCCGGUACAACUGUAGUCGGGGCGGUAACGACGGGUCGGGCUUCGAUUCCUAUGAUCAAUCUACCGAACAAGAGUUUUCACAAUCAGCUUAGCUUACGGGAGGAUGGUGUGAUGCUCCGUGCCAACAGUCCAAUCGAAGCGGCCGAUCUGUAUCGCAAACAGACCUCGUACGACAGUAUGAACGAGGUGAAGUUACGCGUUCCAUCCACUCCAAAUACAGUGUCAAUGUUGGGAGGAGAAACGUGCGUGCAUGGGACGCGGCCGCUAAGGCAACUACGGAUACGUGACGCAGUCAAUAAGCUGGACUGUGAGCUAGACGAAUGGUUACGGGAACGAAAUCUUAUUGGCAACGUAAAGGAAAUAAGCUACUACAGUAGUGCACUGAACCGGGCACGAAGCGUAAAUUUUAGCUGGCACCGUGGCAUUAAGAUUGGUCAGGGACGUUUUGGGAAGGUAUACACAGCAGUCAACAAUUCGACCGGUGAAUUGAUGGCGAUGAAGGAGAUUGCUAUUCAGCCGGGAGAAACGGCAGCCAUACGGAAAGUAGCGGAAGAGUUGAAAAUAUUUGAAGGCAUCAGCCAUCAGCACCUGGUGAAGUAUUACGGAGUGGAAGUGCAUAGGGAGGAAUUGAUCAUUUUCAUGGAACUUUGCCCAGAGGGUACAUUAGAAAGUUUGGUCGAGUUGAACAGUGGUUUGCCAGAAGCGCAAACUCGUCGUUAUACACACCAGCUUCUAUCAGCUGUCGCGGAACUACAUAGGAACGGAGUAGUACAUAGAGACAUCAAGACAGCGAACAUUUUUCUACACAAAGAUGGUAAUUAUUUGAAGUUGGGUGAUUUUGGAUCUGCCGUGAAAAUCCAGGCACACACCACGAUGGCCGGUGAGCUGAAAGGUUACGUCGGAACGCAGGCAUAUAUGGCACCGGAAGUAUUUACCCGAAACAACGCGGAGGGUCAUGGAAGAGCUGCAGAUAUAUGGUCCGUGGGUUGUGUGGUGGUGGAAAUGUCCUCAGGACGGCGACCAUGGCAUCAAUUUGAUUCCAAUUUUCAAAUCAUGUUCAAAGUGGGCAUGGGCGAGUCACCCGAAAUUCCUGACAAUCUUUCCGAAGAAGGUAAAGAUUUCGUCGGUAUCUGCUUGCAGCAUGAUCCGAAUGAUCGACAAAAGGCAGAUGAACUGUUGCAGCAUAUAUUUUGUAAGUUCACCUUCUACGAUUCGGAGGCAAUUGACAAGAAGCUACGUGGGACAUUCCGGCGUAAUUUAAAAUCUAGCUCUUCCUGA